AUGACCCAGGGAGAACUUGGCAAACCCAUCAUAGACGCAUUCCUCAUUGAUCCAGCCAUCAUAUUAAUAGUGGUGGGUGUUGUCAUGUUUUUCAUCACCUACUGUGGAUGCAACAGAACACUGCAUGAAAACAAUCAUCUCCUUAAAACAUUUUCUUUCAGCCUCACUCUGGUCUUCAUCGUCCAACUGAUAAUAGCAAUCCUGUGCUUUUUCUUGUCCUUUCAGAUACGGGAUGCUCUGGGCAAGCUUGUGAAGAAACAUUGUUCCAUUGUUCAUUACCAUGAUGACCUGGACAUUCAAAAUCUCGUGGAUUACAUUCAAUGAGGCACGUCUUGCAUGUGCUGUGGCUGGAACAACUACACUGACUGGUCCUGGAACAUCUACUUUAACUGCAGUCAGAGAAACCCAAGCAAUGAGACAUGUACAGUUCCUUUCUCCUGCUGCACCCCUGUUUCAAGAGAGAACGUGAUCAAAACCAUGUGUGGUUUUGGGGUUCAAACUCAAACUCUUGCGGCAUCCAUUUACACAGAGGGAUGUUCUGACAGUGCAGUGAUGUGGACUGAAUCUCAUCUGCUGUUAGUCGGGACUCUGGCUUUGGGUCUCGCUCUACCACAGAUUGCAGGUAUUGUGCUCUCUCAGAUGCUCGUUUCUCAGAUCAACAGCGAGAUUAACUCACUGCUGUAG